AUAGUGAAGUGAAGAUAUCUGAUGAAGGAAAUGAUAAUGGUGAAUAUAGUGAAUUGAAGAAAUCAGAUAAAGGAAAUGAUAAUGGUGAAUAUAGUGAAUUGAAGAAAUCUGAUGAAGGAAAUGAUAAUGGUGAAUGUAGUGAAGUGAAGAAAUCUGAUGAAGGAAAUGAUAAUGGUGACUAUUGUGGAGAGAAGAAAUCUGCUGAAGGAAAAGAUAAUGUUGAGAAAGAAUUGGAUGAGUCUGUUGCAAAAGAAACCCAGGAGAAAGCAGAUACCAUACAACAAGAAUCGGGAGUAACAAAACCAGACCAGCCUGAUAGAAAAGGCACCCAUGGAUCAGAAGAUACAACACAACAAGGGUCAGGUGUAACAAAACCAGACCAGACUGAUGGAAAAGACACCCAUGGAUCAGAAGAUACAGCGCAGCAAGAGUCAGGUGUAACAAAACCAGACCAGACUGAUGGAAAAGGCACCCAUGGAUCAGAAGAUACAACGCAACAAGGGUCAGGUAACUAA